UGGUCUGAGGAUUGAGAUGUGGACGAUUACCCCCGACAUUAAAUUUAGCUCAGCUAAAGUUUUGAACACCCAGUCCCUGAGAUGAACUGAACCUCAAAGUCAUCCAAGCUCCCUAUUUCGCAACCCGUUUACUCUCCUCAAUCGCGGGGGCCUACAGCACAACCUGCCGCAGUUUCGCUUUGCGUGCCUUAUUAAUAUCAAUUUUUUGGAAUUUGAUGCCGAACCAGGUAAAUAACUACGUUUCCCCAAACUGAGACCAUUGUUACGUUGCGGGUUCUGGGGUCCAUCAUGAUCGCACCGACACCGCAAACCGCCUAGAACGAACGGACAAAGACGAAGUCAGGGUCAAUAAGGCUCUAGCAUUAUUUUCCAAUACAUUACUAUUUUCCCUCUCCACUUCCUCCUUUGCAUGCGUCCCCGACACACGUUCCCGCGCCACCAUGCCGAGCAGCAACUUCGAAAAGUCUGUCAAGGGCGCUACGAAACCGAAACUUGCUGCCCCCAAAUCGAAGUAUAUUGAGCAUAUCCUCACUGCCACGUACAGCGAUGCUGGAGUGGCGGAAAUCCUUCGAUCGCUAUCGCUCCGCCUGCGGGACUCAGCAUGGACGAUUGUAUUCAAAGCCCUUAUCGUGAUACACAUGAUGAUACGGGAAGGAUCGCCCGGAGCAGCCUUGAAAUAUCUUUCGCAGCAUCCGCAAAAAAUCGCUAUUACUAGUAUCUCCGAUGUGCAAAUUCAAGGUGGCAACAUCUGGCGAUACUCCGAGUACCUCAUCGCACGAUCCCUGGCGUUCGCCGACACGAAAACAGAUUAUGUUCGUGGUGGGCAAGGCAGAUUAAAGAAAUUGACCGUGGAAAAGGGUCUUCUGAGAGAAACUGAGAUCGUUCAGAAGCAGAUAAGAGCGCUGUUGAAAUGCGAUCUUUUAAGUGAUGAGCCUGAGAACGAAAUAUCCCUAACUGCAUUUCGACUCAUAACGCUGGAUUUGUUAACCUUAUACUCCGUGAUGAAUGAGGGGACGAUCAACGUGCUAGAGCAUUAUUUUGAGAUGUCGAGACCAGAUAGCGAGCGCGCUCUGCGGGUAUAUAAAUCAUUCAGCUCGCUAACCGAGGACGUCGUGAGAUUUUUACGUGUGGCAAGGCAAUAUGAGAACGCAACCCGUCUGGAAAUUCCCAACCUAAAACACGCUUCAACGGACCUUGCCAAGCUUCUGGAAGAUGACUUAAACGACCCCGAUUUUGCCGCCAGGCGUAAAGAAUACCGUGCCCAGAAGUAUGAAAAGAAAGAAGCGCAGGAAGACCAAAAGAAAGCUACUUCCAGCCAGCCAGCCAAAUCCCAGCCCAUUAAGACGAAUACACAAUCUCAACCGGCCAAAGCCCCUGCUCCGGAUCUAAUUGAUUUCUUUGAUUCUAUCGAGCAAAAUCAGCAGCCGAUGAACUACCAAUCCACACCACAGCAGUUCAAUAUGCAAAACGCACAAAUACAAGCAUUUCAAGCAACCGGUUUUCCGCAGCAGCAAAUGGGCUUCGCACCGCAGCAAACGGGGUUCCAGCAAGCUUCACCUACUGGGUUCGGAUUGCAGCAGCAGACUCCCGCAACAAGCUCGGCAGGGCAGGGUGGCAAUCCGUUCGCGCAGUUCGCAUCUCAACCCCAGCAGCAGCUACAGCCACUGCAGCCAAGUCAUACCGGUGCUGGCUUUGGAGGAUAUACUCCGCAGCCCCAGUCACAAGGCCCUGCUCAACCUCAGAUGAACAACUUUCAGCCCUCAUUAUCGAGCAUUCCUCAGAAUGGAGUACCUCCAUUUCAACAGCCCAUGCAAACGGGAUCACCACGGCCUAAUAAUCCCUUCCGACAAUCAAUGCUCAUCUCUAACAAUACUUCGAUCCCUACUUCUUCACCCUUCAACUCAAACUCUCAACCCGCUGCAGCUCCGUUAACCCGUCAACCCACGAAUCCAUUCGCUAAGCAUCGCCUUUCUCAGAUGCCCCUUGGUGCGGAGAUCACACGUCCGUCAACCUCACCCGGAAUUCCGCCUCAAGACCAGACCUAUCUACAGCCUCUACGGCCGCAGCGAACAGGAAACAAUCCCUUCGCGCGGAACACUCCGUCACCGAAUCAAAAUUUGCAAGUCCCUGCCGCUGCUCCACUCCGGCCCAACCCAACCGGGAGUACGAAUCCUUUCCGCCAGAGUGCAUUCAUUAAUCAGCAAACAGGCCAGCCCUGGCAGGUUGGUGUGCCACAAGGGACAAUGGGCGGUCUUGAGAACCUUCCAACGGUCCCUGUAUUCCCACGACCGGGACAGACAACCUAGCAUAAUCUUUUCUUCUAUUUCUUUCCCUCCUACCUUCUAAGCCGCUGAUUUGUACCGUCAGAAUUAGUCAAGAACCUAGACCUAUCAAGUCUCUGGUCCCAUUUUAUCUAUGUGCGUAUGUCCUGGGGACUAGCUUCAUUUCUAGCCUACUUUCCUGCUCGUCGGCUGUUGCUUAUACACCUCAUCUGUUCGUCUUUAUGGUGCAUUUUCUUUAUCCUUACUUCUCUCUGGUACUCGCGAGAUGGCGCUCUGCAUUCUCCUCACAUCGUGUUUUUAGUUAGCCAGCAAACUUCUUUCCCAGCGCAAGGAUAUCUUUCAGCUUGACUGGAUGAUAAGAAAUGGUGUAGCAGAUACAGCAUAUUGGAUUUCGCAUGACUACGUCAUUCAUGGUGGGUUCACUUUGGAAUAAGCGCUAGGUCAUCGUUUUAUUACCUUCCCCCCUUUUCCAGGGAAAUAAGGGAAUUUACCUGUCA